GAAAAGCUUUGUCCUCGGAGAUGGAAAGAGGGGAAGAUGGAGCUGUAAUCUUAUGCCGCUGCACGACAAGCUUCAAUAACCUGAUCAGUCGGGCCUGGAAUCGGUCCCGCCAUGACAGUGUCACCCUCACAUCGAUCGAUGCGAUCAUCAUGGCGGACGGGCGGGCGGGCGGACGGACCUCAGCAAUGCUGCGUGACAGUUGGCAGUGCCGGGCUGCCUCCUCAGGCCCUGCAGUGCCAGUCCUGCGACGACAUGGAACACACAUGAGCUGGGCACGUUCGAGGCAGCCACCGAUUUUAUCACACGCAGAAACCAACCGAGCGCGGGCGAGCAUCUUUCUGACCGACAGCAAGAGGAGUCAUCAGUCAAUACUAUGUAGAAUUCUUCUGACAGGCCCCUGUCCAUCUGGUGUGGCUGAGAUGGUGUCUUUCCUUCUUUCCUUGGAUCAGGCACGCCUCGCAUCGUGUGACACCUCCCGCCAACCUUGUCCGUCCUUGUCCCUCCUUGAGAUUCGACUGUCAUGCCAGCCAUGCAAGACGGCCAGUCGGGUCCCGAGACACACAAACUUGCUGACUUGCAAAAAAAAAAGCUCCUGUGGCACAGCAUUUGCAAUAAUCACCGGCACAUCCGCGCCGGCCUUGGGGAAGGAUGCGCUGUCCAACAUUUUUUCAACCCCUGCCCAGCCUUCUGCUCACCACUUGCAGCCUUUUUAUCGAUAAUUCGGCGGGUUACUGGCUGCUGCACAGAUGAAGGCCUGUUGCAAGGGGCCGUGCCGGGAUCCCAAAGCUCCUUAGCUCCACAAGAACUAGCGGCUGUUUCAGAUCUUCAGGGACCAUCUCCUUACCAAGUACACAGGCUUCGUUCAGCCUUGGACCAGUUGGCUGUGGACCACCUCUGCACCUCUGCCUUCGCGGUUCGCAACGCCUCGAGGGGCCACGGCUGGGACAGCUGGGACAGCUGGGACCGACGGGGGGGUCGCCGCGGCCCUCGGAAGCGUCGCCAGCCCUCCGCCGUCAAUAACAGGAGCGCCCAGUCCUGGCUCUGCCUGUCUGUUUGCGGCAUUCUUUCCAUCCAAAAAUAUACUUGCAACACCACCGGGCGGGUCCUGCUUGCUGUCUUCCGCUCCUCCUCCAAGGCUACCACAGCAGAAACCUUGUUGUCCCGCCGGGAUUGCAUGCUUGCUUCCCUCGCUGCUCGAGACCUGUCGUGCACCACUGGGCGUUCUCGCCCACACCCCCCUCCCCCCGGCCCGACUACUCUUUCUCUGCUACGUCUGCUUGAAUCACGGGCAAUAUCUGCGCCCCAGCAAGCAUAACGCUGCGUAAUACCGUGGUACGCCGGCCCUGUGCCACGACUUGCUCCGGCCACUGAGAAGCCUUGUGCUCCCAAAUUGGUUUUGCAACGUCCGCGGCAUAAUAAUUAGGGGGCCAUUGCGCAGCAGACGGAGUAUAUGAUGGAGACCGCAUCCCUCACGCAACCCGCGCCCUGGGCCACCUCGCGCUACACAAAGGCUCUUCCGGAUCCCCCACCGCCGCCUGCCAGCAAAACCAAGGCUGUUGUGGUGUUGCCCGCAAGAAAGGACUCCCUGGCCUCCUCUCGCCCACCACCACCUCCCAAGGACACCGCCGCGAAAACAUCGUCGACCAUGGCUGCGGCCAAGGUGUCGGAGUCGCCACUUCCUCCACUUCCGGGUCUGACAAGGGUGAAUAGCCCGCCUGUUGUUAUAAGGAGGAAGCCGGUGGGUAACGGGGCUGUCGGGAACACAGCUCAGAGCCCACCGCAUCCACAGCCCGCCCAGCCUGGCAAUGUCUCUCCCGUCGAGUCCCUGUCGAGCAUAUUUUCGGCCUACGGCACGGAGGACUCCUCGGCCACUCGGUACUCAGAGGACACAACUGCCACUGCGUAUUCCGUCAUGGGUCCAUCGCCUCCGAACCCAAAGGUUUUGCCAAAGGAUACUCUUGGGGGACCAAGCACAAAAUUGGACCUGGUGUCGCCCUUAUACUUGCCAACUCCUGUUUCCUCGGAAAUGAGUUCAAAUGCCCCACAUCCUCAGCACGGUUCUGGUCUAGAAGCACACACAGACGGUCGUCCUCCUACGCCACCCACAAAGGAAAUUCAAAGGCCCAUCACUCCCAAGAGCUCCAAGGCCCUCCCAUCUAUACCGUCCGAGCAGGCAAAUAUUUCCUCGCCCAUGGCUGAACAAUCGCCCUCACAACCACAGCUUUGGCGCAGGAGGUCCCUCAAGUCGGACAAGCCCUUGACCGUCCCCCAGCUCAAACUCACCUCUUCCCACGGCUCGACAGCGGCUUCAGCACAAGAAGCCGGGGCGUUGCAGCACGACAUUGCCUCUCUCCCGAAGCCUAGGGCGCCCUUCGCAGGAUCCGCUUUGGACUCGCCCAUCUUGAAAGGCUUUCAAUCUUUCCCCGGCCGCAACGUCCGACCGUCACCUUCAAACAAGGCUCUGCCAAGAAACCCACGACCAGAGAUCAUGGAAAACCCAAAUCCCCAAGAGCACCAAGAUGGCUUCUCUCAAUACGCCCAGGAGGUCGAAGACGGCUACAAGGCAUCCUCGUCCGAGGCCGCCCCGGCCGUUUCACCGCACAUUCAACGCCCGCCAACUCCGGAGUAUGACCAUGAUGAAUCCCCCAUCGACGGCAGCUUCCCAAACAUGAGGUCUCCAGCGUCGCCCGCGUCGCCCGUCACCCCGCCGACUGAGGGAAGGCCCCUCAGCAUCAUUCCGGAGGAUAUUGUGCGCGCCGUCGCGGCCCCUGCCCCGGCUGCUCCCCCUCCGUCGGGCCCGCUGCCCUCGCUGCCGCCCCGAUCCUCGUCACGCGGCCCACCACCGCCGGGGGGCGGUUCCGGGCCCCGUCUUGGCUUGCCGAGGUCUCCCGCGCCCCCAGGCCGGUCCUCACCAGGCGCUUUCUCUCCUGCCGCACCCUCUCCCGCCUCCGUGUCUCCUGCUGUCAUCGCUCCGGCCGAAGUCUCUUCAAAAGCGCCUGCUACAUCGUCACCACCGCCUGCUUCCGUCGCAAAAAUGGCAGCUUCGCUCUCCCCAGGUUACGUCCAGUCUCCCAGCUCGACCCCCACCCCCUCCAUCGCGAUCAGUGACGAUGGCGAUGCUUCGACCAUCAAGGCAGCCCGUUCGCCCCACCCCACGCAACCGGACCACGAGGCCACCAAGCAACAGCCGCAACACCAACUCGCGCCAUCCAGCAGCACCGAGGAAGAAGAGGUGGUCGACGCCGCCGGCCCGACCGUGCCCGCGUCACCCGGCGAGGCCAACUACUUCCCCGCCGCCGAGUACUCGAGGCUCUUCUUCCCGGGGGAUAUCAUCCCGGCGCCGCCGAUCAAGGCGAGUCAACUCGACUGCCUGACGGCCCACUCGCGGUUCGUCGCCAGCAAGAAUGAGCACCACCCUGUCGCCUGCAUGACGUGCAAGGUUGAGGACAAUGGCGCGCGGUUCUGCUGCUCGCACUGCCGCGUGCGCAUCUGCGGCGGCUGCCGGGAGGCGCUGGUCUCCAACGGGCGGGAUUUGGCCAAGAUCAUGUCUUCCAAGUGAGGGCUAUAAGUCAAACUCUUCUUCAUGCUCUCGGAUUUGUGCUUCUUCGCGCCGGUCCUUUGAUUUGAUUCAUUGCCGUGAAAUUUUCUUUCGCUUCUUGACAAUAGAUCUUGAAGGUAUAAGGGGCUUGGUUCUUUUACGCCCAGACGGAUAAGACGGGGAUGAGGGAUGGAAAAGAAAAAAAUAUACUGCAUGCGGACUGAUGGCGUUUUUUCUUGGGUUUUUUAAAGGAUACCAAAGACAGUACUCUUCUACUACUUCUCUCUGUGCUCAGGGCACUGUAGAGUAAGUGAUCUCUUUUUCUUUUCUCUUUUCAUGCCGGAUUUGAGGCUUGGGCUGGGCAGUAUGUCCCGGAAAGAAAGCCCAUAUGAAUGGUUUCCACUAGAUUUGAUAGCAUCAGCAUUGCUGAGGAAUGAUAGACGAUUUUCCACA